CUGCGAGUAGAGAGAGACACAAAUUUAACGAGAUGCGCCCGCCUUUCGGCGGCCGCUUACUUCGUCUUCUUCUGCUUCUCGAUCAUCAUCUGCUUGACGAUCUUCUGCUCCUCGAUGAGAAACGCCCGGACGACGCGUUGCCGCACGCACUUGGCGCAGCGGCUGCCGCCGUACGCGCGCGAGACGGUGCGCUCGCGCUUGUGCGUGUUUUUGUAGGCGAACGACGAGAGGUGCUUGAUGCCCGGCAGCGGCGUGCCGCAGUCGCCGCACUUCGGGCCCUGGCGCUUCUUGCUCCGGUAGGCGCCGACGAGGCGGCCGCCCGGCGUCUUGACGACCUUGAGCACAUUGCUCUUCGUCGCGUAGGCGUGGCGCCGCGAGAAAGUGACCCGGACGUCCUUCAUCGCUGCUUUGGAUGAGGUGCUUUCGCUGGCUGCGGCUGGCUAAUUGUCGCUGCGCUAGCGGCAAAUUAGCACGGCGAUGGGCU